UAUUGUAUUUCAUUUUAAUUGUUGACUAUAUUAUUUUGACAUUGUUUACAAACAUUAAAGUAUAAAUAUGACAAAAGUGAAAAACUCACCUAAAAUCUGUGGUGUUUGCGGUGAUAAAGCCCUAGGUAGAAAUUUUUGUGCCGUUUCUUGUGAGUCGUGUAAAGCAUUCUUCAGGAGAAAUGCCUCCGAGUAUGAGAGAAUGAGGUGUCAUUUUGGAGACAAUUGUCUCAUAGAUAUUGAGUCGAGAAGUAAUUGUCGCAAAUGUAGACUCAAAAAAUGUUUUGCUAUUGGGAUGAGAAAAGAAUGGAUACUCAAUGACGAGGAAAAGGAGAUUAGAAAACGUAAAAUACAAGACAACAGACAAAAGAAAUGUAAUAAAAUAGUUGACAAAUUGGAUGACAACUCUUCAUCAUCGCAAUCAAUGGUGACCACAGAUCAUGAAGUGUCGGAUAAUUUGUUUGAAAUUUUAGAUAACGUUGACAUAAAUGAAGAUAAACUUAACUCUCAAAUAAAGGAGAUUGAAAAUAGUUUGUCAAACGAUUCCUAUAGUAAUGAAAUGUCUACUGAAUUACAAGUGAUUCCUAUUGUGAGACCCAUUAAUAACAAUGCAUUCAAUGAGACCGAAAGUAUGAGGUUUACGGAAUUAAUGGGUGUACUCGACUUUAUAAGGUUUCCCAAGCUUACAAUCACAUCACAAGUACAAGAUUUAUUUGAUGCCAUGAAAAUGGCUGUCAAUAAGUUUGAUGAGAUCUGUAGGAAAUCAGUGAAAGGAUUCAAAAGACUGAAUGCAUUCAAGACUUUGUGCAAAAAUGACCAAAUAUUGCUACUUAAGUCCAAUGGCUCUCAACUGACAGCUUUGCGCUCAAUGACUAUUUAUGAUUAUCAAUAUAAACAAUGGGUUGUUCCGAUUGAUGACAACAAUUCAACUCUAAUGCAUUUAAAAAUACCAACAAAAGGUAGAAAUUUUUGUGCCGUUUCGUGCGAGUCUUGUAAAGCAUUCUUCCGGAGAAAUGCCACUUAUUAUCAUGAAAUGGCCUGUUUUUAUGAAGACAAUUGUUUGAUUGAUAUCGAGUCGCGAAGUAUGUGUCGAAAAUGUAGACUUGCAAAGUGUUUCAAUAUUGGCAUGAAAAAAGAAUCGGUACUCAAUGACGAGGAAAAGGAGAUUAGAAAACGUAAAAUACAAGAAAAUAGACUAAAGAAAAACAGGAGUAAAACAAUUGACAAAUUGGAUGACAACUCUUCAUCAUCACAACCAUUGGUCACUACAGAUCAUAAAGUGUCGGAUAAUUCAUUUGAGAUUUUGGAAAAUAAUAACAUAAAUGUGGAUGAACUAAAUCCACAAAUAAGGGAUUUUGAAAAUAGUUUGUCAAACGAUUCCUAUAGUAAUGAAAUGUCUACUGAACAACAAGUGAUUCCUAUCGUGAGACCCAUUAAUAACAAUGCAUUCAAUGAGACCGAAAGUAUGCGGUUUACGGAAUUGAUGAGUGUAAUCGACUUUAUAAGGUUUCCCAAGCUUUCAUCCACAUCACAAAUACAGCAUUUAUUAGAUGCCAUCACAAUAACAGUCAAUAUGUUUGAUGAAGUUUGUAGGAAAUCAGUGAAAGGAUUCAAAAGAAUGAAUGCAUUCAAGACUUUGUGCAUAAAUGACCAAAUAUUGCUACUUAAGUCCAAUACCAUUCAAAUGACAUGUUUGCGUACAAUGACCAUUUAUAACACUCAAUAUAAACAAUGGGUUGUUCCUAUGGGUGACAACAAAUCAGACAGCAGCAAAAGGUAUCUGCGAAUGAGAUAUGGAUGUGAAGCGGACUCUAAAUUUGCACGACUUAUGCAACUUAGAAAUUAUGCCAAAAUUCUCGAUAACAAAUACAUUACGAAAAUAAAGUGCUAUUACGGAGACAACUGUCUGAUUGAUAUCGAAUUGAGAAGAAUGGAUACUCAAUGACGAGCAAAAGGAGAUUAGAAAAAGGAAAAUACAAUACAAUAAACAACAGAAUAAUAUUAAUAAAACUAUUGGAAAAUUAGAUGACAAGCCUUCAUCAUCACAACCUAUGGUGAC